AUGAUCGCAGAAGACAAUUUAGGUGCGGAGAUGCGACUAGAAGCGUUCAGCGACGCCGACUUUGCCGCCGACAAGACGGACCGGAAGUCAAUGACGGGCGGCAUCGUGAUGCUGAACGGGAUGGCCGUCAGCUGGGGUGCGCGGAAGCAGGGAGGCGUCUCCCUGUCGACGAUGGAGGCGGAAUUUGUCGCGGCGAGUGAAGUCGCGCGCGAGCUGCUCGGCCUGCGCGAGAUGUUGUGCGAAGUGGGCGUGGAGCCCACGCUUCCGAUGCAGUUGCGGGUGGACAACCAAGCGGCGAUCGCGCAGAUUGCGGGAGAGGCAUCGUCGCUGAAGGCAAAACAUGUGGAUGUGCGCCUUAAGUUUCUUUGCGACUACUCGCGUCGCGGCGUCAUCACGGCGAGCUACGUCAGAUCGGAGCAGAUGCUCGCAGACCUCCUCACGAAAGCGUUGGACGCGACGAAGCUCUCGACACUGCGCGCACUCGUGCGCAUUGGUUAA